UCGACCGGUUUAGGUGAAAAUAAGGAGCAGGGACGAAGUGAUCGAGCUGUUUGUGCCUCACCUGGGCGUGUUCAGGUGCAGCAGCAGGUCCAGCAGGUUCUCCUCCUCCCUCUGCUGCUGGCCGCUCACAGACGAGCUCAGAGUCCUGAACACCUGUUCUCACCUGUCUGACAAGAAGAUUUAAACCCGACGGAAAAUGCAGCUUCUAAAAACCACAGCGGUCCUCCUCCUGCUCGUCCAAACCUUCCACCUGGCCUCUCUGCAACACUCAACCGACUCUCCGGGUCGUACGAUCGAUAAAAGCUGGUGGCGUGAUCGCCCCAAGAAUGAAAUUCCCAAAGAAAACGCAGACAGUGAUCAGGGAAACGAUGCCGAUUACAGCGGAAUAGCGUCCGGCUCCAUGGCGACGAACAGCGAAGAGGAGCGGAACAUCGCCGGAGAAGCAAACGAAACAGAAUCCGACGUAACGACUGCCUCGCCUCACGUGUUCCACAACGGCACACAAAAGAAGCACAAACACCAUAAAACCACUGUUUCUCCGACUAUGAUGGCUUCAAACGCCACAAACUGGAACCACUCGGUAGACGCAAAGGAAGUUAACUCGACAGCGACGCCACAAAACUCCACCGGAUCUCCAGAUGUGCCGUCGACCACCACGCAAAACUCCACGACAGAGUUAGCUAACGGCACAGGAAGCGUCAACGCAACAUCUGCACCGACCCCAGCAGCACCGGAUGUCAACGUGACGACAACGAAUUCAUCGUCAGCGGAGUUUCCUCCGAACACGUCAGAUAAGAACUCAACUACUGCUACGAACACAACUGGAAAUGAGACGACCAACGCAAACCCUAACGCACCCGAACAUACAACAACCACAAACCCCGACGUACCCGAAGAUGCAACGAGCGCUGCCAAUCCGAACACGUCUAAAAAUGCGACAUCUGAAGCUCCAGUCCCGCCUGAGAAAUCCAACAACACCGACAAAAGUGCUGGAGGUUCAGGAAGCAGCUCAGAGAGAGGUGUGGCGUCGGACCCCAACAAGAGCACGAGGCAGGGAGCGUGGGGCGCCAUCCUGGGGAUCGCCGUGGCCGUGGCCCUGGUGGGGCUGGUGGCCUACGUCAUCCUGAAGAAGAGGCACCAGAAGGCCUUUUCUCACAGGAAACUGGUCGAGGACUUCCCUGCAGAUCCAGUCCACAGAUUAGACAACAACGAACCUCUGGACCUGAACUAUGGCGGCUCGGCUUAUUACAACCCAGCACUCCAAGGAGACAGCAUCCAGAUGAGCAACAUCCCCGGACGCCCCUGAAACCGGAAAAAAAACCCUCCAAGACCAAAGUCACGAACUCCCUCGAAAGAAAGUCGGCCAAUAACGGCGAUUAUUGGCCAUCGAUAGACGAUUUAUAAAGUGGAGUUUCUGUAAAUAAGACUGUUUGAAAGGGACAUGUGUGGGUGGGAAUUACAAAAAAGGUUUAUCUAGGUCUGACAUGUCAGAUUUGUGUCGAUCAGAUUUACUAUGAAGGCAAUUUAUGUGAAGUACUCUGCAACAGCCAAAACCAACCGUCAGCCAUUUUACGUGCGGUGCCAAAGGGAACCAAAUGAAGCCUUUAACUAAUGAAGGACGCACUUUGCAGUCAAUGAAGGAUGUUAAAAUGUAAUAUUUGUCAUCUGAUUUUAAUUAUUUUUGCCAGUCUGUUAAAAACAAACAUUAACAGAGCAGAAUAAGACUCUACAAAAGCCGGCAAUCAAUCAGUAUGCAGCGUGAUUAUGAAAAAUAACAUAUUUGAGGUUCAGUAUUUCCAGAAAUUUAACUCCUACAGUCUACAAGUUUGGUGAAAACACAAACAAAAACACCUCCAGUAGAUCCAAAUGAAUAAAUGCCAGCAGCAGAGGAUGCAUUUUAAAUGAUUGGCUCUUAAAAAUGGAUAAAAGUGCCAAAUUUUUAAUCAAGAAUGGUAUUGUGUCCCCAUAAAGUUCCAGUAAGAAUGUAUACAGUACAGAUGGAUCCAAAUUCCUACUGAAAAUACAGGCUUUGGUCGGCAUUUCACCAAUUUUUGAGGCUCUAACAUCAGUAGAAUUUAACAAGUGGCAAAUAUGGCAAGACAAGGUUCCAGUUUUUACCAUUUUUGACUUGAAUCCUGCCCAAAAUCAAAACAAAGACUAAUAACUGGCCCUUAAAUAUGGAAAAAGGGCAUAUCUUUUGAACUUCGGUUGGUAUUUUGACUCUAGAAAGUUCCUUUAAGUGUAUAUAUAUGAAUGGAUCCUUAUUGAUUUUAACAACAAACACAUUAACGAAGCAGAAUACAACUCUAGAAGUGCUGUUCAGAAGCCACAACGAACAAUAACUUCAUCCACAUCGACAGACGGCUGCUGCUCCGGCGUCAGGACGAAAAUAAGAAGUUAAAUUUUAAACUUUCAGACAUUCGACAGCUGGAGUCGGAGAGCUCGAACCGUCAAAACCAAACAGUGGGUUUGUUUUGGAGGUGGAGGGAGGCUGUUUUGUUAUUCAUAGACUUAAGCUUGUUGGUAUUCAGGAAGGGAGUUGUGUAUUUGGUCUUUGCACCACUCAGUAGCAACAACUAUAUCACCGUAACGUACUGCUUAAAUCUUCUGACCUCCAGGUGUCCGAACACGGAUUUGAGUUUUCUCGUAGCGACGGCGUGCACCUCGGAGAGCGACUUAGUGUUUACCUGCUGCGUACCUUAGAGCACAAACUUUUUUAUUAUUCCUUUUCUUGUUUUAUUCUCCUAGAAGUUUGGCUUGAUUGACAACCUUCGGGAAGAAAACGUGUCUCCUGAGUUUGGGGCGAGGGAUUAACCGUGUUCCGCAAUAAAAUACUCUUUCCUGUUUUUCUGUGCUGCAAAAAAAACGUAUUUAUAUCUGCAUGUGUACCCAAAACACGUCUUUCACUCUUCAUUACCUGAGUGAAGCCGGCAAUCAAUCAAUAUGCAGCAUGAUUAUGAUUGGUACGUGCCUCGGCUCGGCUUCAAAAACUCUGAUUUUCCCUCUUUCUGUUGGUGGUUGUGCAGCAGCACGCCGACUUCCUUCCGUCGCUCUAAUUUCAGACAUCAAUCAGAGCACAGGAAGCUUGUUUUUGUUGUUUUUGAAAGAUCCCCAUGAUUUCUGCUGGAAUAAUGCAGGGCAAAGGGAUAAUAGGAGAUGCUGCUUGUAAAAUGAGAUGAAACUUGCCUUAAUAAACAAACAAACAAACAAAAAAA